AUGUUUGCUACAAUAAACAUCAGUACAAAAUUAUUUUGUAUGCAUCGAUUUAAACUUAAUUAUGCUUCCAUUUUAAUCGUACUUCUUAUCAGCAUCUUCAUUGAAACAAGCAAUGCUCAACAAAGGUACCCAGAUUCUGGUCCAGUAACACCACCACCAGGUUAUGCAUUUGCACCUGGUUAUGGAUCAUCUCAAUAUCAACCAAAAAAUCGAACGAGCAAUAGUGCUGAUUGUAACAAUUGUAAUCAACCAUGUUUUUGCAUAGCACAAAAAGGAGACCAGGGUCCAGCUGGUCCAAUGGGCCCUGCUGGUGCUCGUGGAGUGAAUGGUGUUCCCGGUCCCGAAGGACCUGAAGGUAUGAAAGGUGAAAAAGGUGAUCGGGGUUUACCCGGUUUACCAGGCCAAAAAGGUGACAGAGGACGAUCCGGUGAACCAGGCAUGCCCGGUCAUCCCGGUUUACCCGGUCUUCCAGGCCCAAGAGGACCAGAAGGUUUACCUGGUCGUGAUGGAUGUAACGGAUCAAGAGGUGAUGCUGGUCGACCUGGAUUUAGCGGACAGCCCGGUCGUCCUGGUGAACCUGGUAUUCCUGGUCAACGAGGUCCCAAAGGUGACCCUGCACAAGCUUUACCCGGAUUCAAAGGCGAAACUGGACCUCCAGGAGCUCCCGGUCUUCCUGGUGCUGCAGGUACUCCAGGUAAUGGUGGUAUUCCCGGAAAUGCUGGUGGUGUUGGUUUUCCUGGACGUGAAGGCGCUAAAGGUGAUCGUGGUGAACCUGGUGCUGCAGGUAUUCCUGGAACUGGAUUCAAUGGUGAACGAGGCCAAAAAGGAGAACCCGGAUCAUCUGCUCCCUAUCCAUCCAUAGGUCAUGUAGAAGCAACAGGUAACUUUACUGUUGUUCCAGUACCAACUCCUGGUGCUCGCGGUGAAAAGGGUGCUAUGGGUCAUAAAGGAGAACCUGGUGAAAUUGGUUAUCCUGGUGCUCCAGGUUCAGCUGGACCAGCAGGUAUGACCGGUGAAAAGGGUGUACCAGGCCCCGUUGGACCACGUGGUCCUACUGGUUUACCAGGUCAAGCUGGUUUUCCUGGACAAGCUGGUGAUCGUGGUAGCCCAGGUUAUCCUGGUUCAUCUGGUACUCCCGGAAGACCUGGUAACAAUGGAUUAUCAGGAGACAAAGGUGAUCGUGGUUUCCCUGGUAUGCCUGGCAUGUGUAUACCUGAUGGACCCGAUAGUGGAAUGGCAGGACAACCAGGAGCAACAGGAGCUAAAGGAGAACGCGGUCCACCAGGUACAGCAGGUUAUCCCGGCGGUCCAGGUUUACCCGGUGCACAAGGUCCAAAAGGUGAUCGUGGUUUUGAUGGAGCACCUGGUAGCCCAGGUCAAGCUGGACGUGAUGGUAUUAAAGGAAACCGAGGAGAUAACGGACGAGCUGGUGAUCCCGGUGCGUCUGGAUUUCCCGGUCCACAAGGUUAUCGUGGAGCUAAAGGUGAACCAGGUCCAAAAGGUGAACCUGGUCGUGCAAUUCCUGGUCCACCUGGUAUUGAUGGUUAUUCAGGUCAAUCUGGUCUUCCAGGAGCUAAAGGUGAACGUGGUUUACGUGGUAUGCCUGGUUUACCUGGUAACGGAUCAGGUGGUGGAGGUUUACCUGGCCCACAAGGACCUGUUGGUCCAACUGGUAGUCCUGGUGCACCUGGCUUUCAAGGUAUCGCCGGUGGUAAAGGAGACAAAGGAGACCGAGGUCUCGAAGGUCAAUGUGGUGCACGUGAUGGUUUGAAAGGUAGCAAAGGUGAACCUGGUUAUCCAGGAGAAGCUGGAACCCCUGGCCAACGUGGUACUUCAGGAGAAAAAGGUGAUCGAGGUGAUGGUGGUUUACAAGGUUACCCCGGUAAUGUUGGUCAAUCUGGUGCACCCGGUCGUAAUGGUAUGGACGGUGAACCAGGUCUUAAAGGAGACAAAGGUGAAUCAGCUCGUGUUGGAACAGUACAAGGAAUGUCAGGAGAAAAGGGAACACCAGGUCUUCCCGGUUUGAAAGGUGAUCGUGGAGAAAAAGGUUCACCAGGUUAUAGUGGCCGAGAUGGUCAACCAGGUCCAGGUGGAGUAGCUGGAGCUAAAGGUGAUGCUGGCUAUCCAGGUAUGCAAGGUCCACCAGGUAGCCCAGGUCCAAUGGGUGAUAUUGGUCCACCAGGUGCAACACUUCCAGGUGAACGAGGUGAAAAGGGUAUUCCAGGUCCAGUCGGUAUUCCCGGCCCACAAGGUUCUCCAGGUAUCAAAGGUGAACCAGGUCGACCAGCUCCUCAAGGAUUAACAUCAUUACCAGGCCCACAAGGUGAAAAAGGUGAUCGUGGUUUCGCAGGCUCUCCAGGUCUUCCAGGAUCACAAGGUUCAAAUGGUAUGCCAGGUUUACCAGGCGCACCCGGAUCAAAAGGUGAAUCAGGUUUACCAGGCAUGCCAGGUCUUCCAGGACCAAAAGGCAUUACAGGUUAUCGUGGUGAAGCAGGUCUUCCAGGUCGUGAUGGAACACCAGGUCUUCCAGGAACAAAGGGUUUUGAUGGUGCACCAGGUCUUCCAGGUCGUGGAGGAGAACGAGGUGAACCAGGUCUUCCAGGACCAGGCUUCCCAGGAGCCCCUGGACCUGUCGGCCCCGGUGGUGAUCGUGGUUUCCCAGGUUUACCCGGCCCAGCUGGUGAAACUGGCUUCCAAGGCAUGAAAGGUGAUGCUGGUUUACCAGGUGUAAAUGGACUUCCAGGUCCAGCUGGUUUGAAAGGUGAACGAGGUGAACCAGGUUUUGGUGGACAAAAAGGUGAUCAAGGAGCAGCAGGUGCCCCCGGUAUUGAUGGCUUACCAGGUCUUCCAGGCCCAUUAGGUCCACCAGGCGCCCCAGGUUUAUCUGGAGAAAAAGGCUUCUCAGGAUUACCAGGAGGAAACGGACAACCAGGUCUUCCAGGCAUGCCAGGAAUGAAAGGUGAACGUGGUUUGAAUGGAAAUCCAGGAUUGAAUGGAGCACCAGGUCCAGGAGGUGAAAAAGGUCUCGCUGGCUUCCCAGGAGGACCAGGACCAAAUGGAAUGCCAGGUCUUCCAGGCUCUGCUGGUUUCAAGGGUGAUCGAGGUCUACCCGGUUUACCAGGUGCAUCAUGUGGAUCAUGUGUCGCAGGUCAACGUGGUGACCGAGGCUUCGCAGGUACACCAGGUACACCAGGUCAAAAAGGAGAACCAGGUCAGGCAUCUGCACGUGGACCACCAGGCGAACGUGGUCCAGCAGGUUUCCCAGGAGCUCCAGGUCUUCCAGGUAUGGCUGGCAAAGAUGGUAUGCCAGGUCUUCCAGGUGCUAAAGGAGAACGAGCUGUUGGUCCAACAGGUAUCAAAGGUGCUAAUGGUGAACCAGGUUUACCAGGCCCAUCAGGUUUACCAGGACAACCAGGUGAACGUGGUUCACCAGGUGGCAAUGGAUUCCCUGGCGCACCCGGUGAACGAGGUUUACCAGGUCCAAGUGGAUUACCAGGUGCUCCCGGUCUUCCCGGUUUAGGUGGACAAAAAGGUGAUCUUGGCUUUAAUGGAUUACCAGGUCAAAAAGGAGAAUCAGGUGCCCCAGGUUUGAAUGGACCACCAGGCAUGAAUGGUAUGCCAGGUGGCAAAGGUGAUGCAGGUAUGCCAGGUCGUGAUGGUGGUGCUGGCUCACAAGGACCUAAAGGAGAUCGUGGUCUUAAUGGAUUCCCAGGCGCUCCCGGAGCUAAAGGUGCUGCAGGUGUACCAGGUCUACCAGGUCCAGGAGGUCUUCCAGGUUCAGCAGGUUUCCCCGGUACAAGCGGUCUUCCAGGAAUGAAAGGUGAUGCUGGUUUACCAGGUCUUCCAGGAUCAAACGGUCCACCAGGAAUGAAUGGUCCAGCUGGUCUUGCAGGAGAUUCUGGUUUACCAGGUAUGGCAGGUCAAAAAGGUGAACCAGGUUAUGCUGCUUCCGGAAACAAAGGUGAACCAGGUUCAAAUGGUCGUGAUGGUUUACCAGGCAUGCCAGGAGAAAAAGGAAACCUAGGUGGCAUUGGUCAACCCGGUCGUCCAGGUCUUGAUUGUAGAGUACCAAUUCCCGGCACUAAAGGUGAUGCUGGCUUACCAGGUCUCCCAGGUGCUCCAGGUUUACAAGGUGCUCCAGGUCCAGCAGGCAAAGAUGGAUUCCCAGGUACUGGAGGUAUGCCAGGUAUGCCCGGUGCCAAAGGUCGUGAUGGAUUCCCAGGUGCAAAUGGUUUACCAGGUGCCCCAGGUGAACGUGGUUUCGCUGGAAUGCCAGGUCAACCAGGUUUACCAGGAGAACGAGGAACUAAUGGAUUCCCAGGCAACCCAGGUCUUCCCGGACCAAAAGGUGAUCGUGGUUAUAACGGAGCUCCUGGUAUGAAUGGUAUGCCAGGUGAACGUGGUCAAAAAGGUGAUUGUAUUCAACCACAACCAAUGCAAGCCCAAGCAGGUCAAAAAGGAGAUCAAGGUCCACCAGGAGCACCAGGCUUACCAGGAAUGGUAGGAUUAGCAGGUCAACCCGGUCCACGCGGAGAAAAUGGUCCACCAGGUCAACCAGGCCAACCCGGUUUACCCGGUUAUGUUGGACCUAAAGGUGAACGUGGUACAUCCGGUACUCCAGGUGUUUCUGGUAUUGCUGGUCCACCAGGUGCAAGCGGUCCCCCAGGUCCAGCUGGUCCUGGUCUUCAACGAACUGGUUUCAUGGUUGUUCGUCAUUCACAAUCAUCACAAGUACCCGAUUGUCCAUCAGGCAUGGUUAAACUUUGGGAUGGUUACAGUUUACUUAUGAUGCAAGGAAAUGAUCAUGGUUAUCAUCAAGAUCUUGGCUCGGCUGGUUCAUGUCUUCAAAAAUUCUCUGCUUUACCAUACUUACGUUGUGAUCAUACAAAUGUUUGUUAUUAUGGUCAAACAAAUGAUUUAACAUAUUAUUUAUCAACAACAGAACCAAUGCCAAUGAUGCCCGUUCAACGUGAUAACAUUCGACCAUAUAUUUCACGUUGUGCUGUUUGUGAAGCACCUGCUAAUGUUAUGUCAUUCCAUAGUUUAUCAAUGACACCACCACCAUGUCCAAAUGGUUGGAAUAUUUUAUGGCAAGGUUAUAGUUUUGUUAUGCAUCUCGGUCGUGGUGCACAAGGAGGCGGUCAAUCAUUAGCAAGUCCAGGUUCAUGUCUUGAAGAUUUCCGUGCAACACCAUUCAUUGAAUGUUCUGGAACAGAUGGUAACUGUAUGUAUUAUGCAAACAAAUUCAGUUAUUGGAUGACAGUUAUUGAUCAAAAUAAUCAAUUUGAAGUUCCACGUCAAGAAACAUUAAAAUCUGGCAAUCAUAGAAAUAAGAUCAGUCGUUGUACUGUCUGUUUGAAAACACAACAAAGUGGUGGCCAAGGCGGUUUUCAAAAUGGCAAUUACUAUGUGGGACAAAACAUAAAAAAACACUAG